UAAUCUACCCCGAUUCCACGGAAGAGGAAGUUUCUUGUGCAACAGCUAGGCAUCAUCAUGCCUACAGCUGUGAUUAUGGAGGAAAAUUAUGAUAAAUUAUUGGAGCAAUGCGAAGCUCAAGAACUCGAGGCACCAGGUGGCAUUGCAACACCUCAAGUCUAUGCUCAGCUGCUGGCGCUUUAUUUACUACAUAAUGACAUGAAUAAUGCCAGAUAUCUUUGGAAAAGGAUCCCUCAAGCAAUAAAAUCCGCAAAUCCUGAAUUAACAGCUAUUUGGGCUGUUGGCCAGCGCAUUUGGCAGCGCGAUUUUCCAGGGAUUUACACAGCCAUCGCAGCGUACCAGUGGUCAGAAAAUAUUCUCCCAGUCAUGGAGGCCCUUCGAGAGAGCACUCGACAGCGGGCGUAUGGUCUUGUGGCACAGGCAUAUACUUCCAUCACAGCAGAAGAUUUUGCUGCGUUUGUGGGCUACUCUGUGGAGGAGGCAGUAAAGGGCGUGGUGACCCAGGGCUGGCAGGCCGACCCUGCCACCAGGAUGGUGAUGCCCAAAAAGCCAGAUCCUCCCCCCGUCUCAUUGGUUCCAAAUGAGCAGCAGUUGGCCAGACUCACUGACUACGUGGCUUUCCUCGAGAACUGAUAACCCCCGCCACAACCACUGCCACCAUUUUCCGCCUGCUUGGUACAAGAGGGACGUUUUGGAUGGACUCUUCCUCCUUCCUACAAAAGCCCCCAACCUGAACCCACCCCACCUCCUGACGAAGACUACCAAAAAACACACCCAUUGUCUUGCAUGUUUGUUGCAAGCUCCUCUCCAACACCUGCCUGUUUAUACACAAGCCUUCCCUGUUAAUUCACCUACUGUUAAAUAAUGUUGUAUUAUAUUAAUUUUUUUUUUUUGGUUCUACUCCUGUAACACCCUAAAAGAAAAAAAAAAAAAAUUGGGUCUAACGUCAAAGUAGAAACACAUCUCGUCAUCUUGUUUUUAUUAGCAACCGGACAAAUGUUCCCACACAACAGAAAUACCCACAGCAGUAUGCAUUUAGUCCAGUCUGUCUUAGCACUUAAAGGUUCCGUGGAGUCGACCUUUAAGCGUUAAUAUUUGCAAAUAUUUGUCAGGUAACAAACGUCUCGGCGUGCAUGCACCACCAUGUGUUCGUUCUUCAGCCCUCACAUUUGAAGUUUCUGUUUUGACUGAUGAAUAAAUAUUUUGCUGUUUCUAA